UGUUAUUUUUAACAGUCACCAGUCACCUUCAGUUUAGUUUUGAUUUACCUAUUUUUUAGAUAUUAAUUAAUUGAACAAAGACACACACACACUUGCACAUUAUACAACACACUUUGGGUGCGUGUAUUUUUGCAUGUGAAGCCAGCUGUUGUUGCGUCGUCCAGUUUCGAUAGUUUUUUGUCUUAUCACUCGGUCUGAAUCACUUCGACCGGCCAAAUUACGACAUUACCAACCUGAUAGCGGUCAACGGAAAUUGUUAACGAACAUUCGACUGAGAUUUCCAUUUAACACGUCGACUUGUCAGCAAAAUGAACGACAUUGUGCCAGAUGUUUUGGACAUUGAGCCUCCCCAGGGCAAAUUACAAGUGAACUAUCCGGUAGGCGUGUCUGUGCAAGAUGGCAACGAAUUGACGCCCACCCAGGUGAAGGACGUGCCAGAGGUCAUCUGGGAAGCGGAGAAUGAAGAUCAGCUGUAUACGCUGCUCAUGGUGGAUCCGGAUGCACCAACGCGCAAAGAUCCCAAGUUCCGUGAGAUUCUGCACUGGGCUGUUAUCAAUAUACCCGGAAACAAGGUGAACUUGGGACAGGCGGUAGCCGAGUAUGUGGGCUCUGGACCACCAGAGGGCACUGGACUGCAUCGCUACAUCUUUUUGGUGUAUCGCCAAAGCAAGAAGAUUGAGGAGUCGCUGCACAUUAACAACCGCACUCGGGCUGGACGCCUCAACUUCAAUACUCGCCAGUUUGUCGCAAAACAUGGAUUGGGCGAACUCAUUGGUGCCAACCACUACGAGGCUCAGUUCGAUGAAUAUGUGCUGAUUCGCAACAAAGAAUUCAGCUAGACACUACGGUUCCUCACCCUUUCUAUUUCCUCUAGUUGCUAGUUGGUAGUUUCUAGACGUGGCAAUAAAUUUACCCAUUGCAUUUGCUGGCUUUAUCAGCAUA